AGGAUUGCUUUAAUGGAUCAACAGAAAAUGUGAUGGCAGCAAAUGUUGAAAAAGUGAAAAUUGUGGUUGUGGGUGAUUCAGGGGUUGGAAAAACGUCAUUAGUGCAUCUGAUAUGCCACCAAGAACCCACAAGUAACCCUCCAUACACGAUAGGAUGUUCAGUCGAAGUGAAGUUACAUGACUACAAGGCUGGAACACCCGGAGAGAGGUCGUACUUUAUAGAAAUGUGGGACAUAGGAGGUUCUACCAGCCAUCAGAACAGUCGCUCCAUCUUUUACCACUCUGUUCAUGGAAUAAUACUGGUUCAUGAUCUGUCCAACAGUAAAUCUCAUCAGAAUUUGAGAAAAUGGCUGGCAGAGGUGAUGAACAGAGGAACCGCCAAAGAGAAUAAUGGGGGGGAUUACGAUUCUGAGCAGUUUGCCGGGAUUCAGAUUCCGAUAAUGGUGGUCGGGUGUAAAGCAGACCAAGCACAAAAUCUCCGGGAGAAAUCACCCUCAGGACGGUCAUCCAUCGCAGAAGAAUGCGGAGCAGUCGAAUUUAAUCUUGACUGUAACCAGGUAAAACAUAUAUCUCCAGGAUCCACUAAUGCUGUUAAACUGACCAAAUUCUUUGAUAAGGUGAUCACUAGGCGGUACCACAGUCGAGACGGCGGUAACCAGGUAAAUACGGCAACAGGAAAUAGACUCAGUUACGUAUUCACCGACUAACACAGAUGGGCACAUAACUCCUACUAUGGAGAGAAAACGGUUCUUCAAAACCUCCCAUGUGGACUGAAACUGACCAAAUGUUUGUUAGGUUUAUUUGUUGAAAGUGCAAUAUUAAAAGUAUUUUUCUUUAAA